AUGUCUGGAAGCGCAUACGACAGACAUAUUACAAUCUUCUCGGACCAAGGUCGUCUGUAUCAAGUCGAAUAUGCCUUUAAAGCCAUCACUUCGGCUAACAUAACCUCGUUGGGUGUGAGGGGAAAGAACUGCGCCGUGGUGUUGUCUCAGAAGAAAGUUGCUGAUAAACUGAUCGAUCCAUCCUCCGUUUCACAUAUCUUCCGGCUCUCUCCCUCUGUUGGUUGUGUGAUGACCGGUUCUAUAGCGGAUGCUAGGGCUUCCGUUGACCGUGCUCGUGGAGAGGCGGCGGAAUUCCGAUACAAAUACGGUUAUGAAAUGCCCUGUGAUGUUCUUGCGAAGCGACUUGCCAAUAUCAAUCAGGUCUACACACAGAGGGCUUACAUGCGCCCGUUAGGAGUCGCUAUGACCCUGAUCUCUGUCGACUCAGAGAAUGGCCCACAGGUCUACAAAUGCGACCCUGCAGGCUACUACGUCGGAUACAAGGCCACCGCAUCUGGUCCGAAACAGCAGGAGGCGAUCACUUACCUGGAAAAGAAGUUGAAGAACAAGGAUUACGCCGAGGGCAGUUGGGAGGACGUUGUCGAAUUGGGAAUCACAGCCUUGAGCAACGUGCUUAGUGUUGAUUUCAAGAAGCACGAAUUGGAGAUUGGAAUCGUUGGCGGCCCUCGGACGGAUGGUCAAGAGGGCACAGAUGUCAAUUUCCGGGCUCUGACGGAGGAUGAGAUUGAUGAACGGCUGCAGGCUAUUGCCGAAAAGGACUGA